AAAUCAGUUAGCAUCAAUGAUUAUCAAGAAAUCAAACAAUUAAUAGGAAAGACUGAAAAUUUAAUUUUAGAUAACAGUAUUGUAAAGAAGUUGGAAUCCAUAUUUGAUGCAGAUCCUAGUGUCAUUGAAUCAAAAAUAAUAUCGGAAACAACAACACACUAUAGCAAUCAAUCAGAAACCGGAAGAUUUCUUUUUUUUAUUAAACAUUCUUUGUUAGCCUUUACGUCGAAUUUCGAAUAUAGAAAUCCAAAAAUUUUUGAUUGUGAAAUCUCUGAGCGAACAUUUAUUGUAGAAUGUUUGUCUCCAAUAUUCAAGUCAUUCAGAAAUGCAUUUCCGGAAGUCAAGUACGAUUGGAUUGAAAAAGAAGUGGAUUCAAUUAAGAUUGCCAAUAAAAUGUUUAUGACGCAAGCUAGAUUAAGAAAGACUGACCUUCUUGUCACCCAUUUGGUAGAUGGCAAAGAGAUUGUGGAUGUUGAGGUUUCCGGUCCACCUUAUAAUCCACAAGAAUCACAUACAGUAGGAGAUAUAAAAAAAUUGUUGAUGAUGGCAGUCUGUAAUUUGUGCUGCAUAUUUGGAAAUGAUCUUAAUUGCAAGAUUGAAGAUGCAAAAAAAAUCAAAUCAUUUAGUAUACAAGUAAUUGGGGAUAGAUUAACACUUUUUUCGGUUUCACUAUUUGAUAGAAGGAAAUAUUUGGCUGUGGAACUUGCAUCUUGCAUAAUUCCAUUUUCUUUAGAUUCGAUAGUGUACUUUUUGAAAAUCUUUAAUUUUUUUCAAAUUCUAAAAAAUGAAAUUUUUGAACAAAAGGAGUUUAGGAAAAAAAUUAUGAUCAAUACACCAGAAGAAGACAAAAUGAAAGUACAAGAUUGGUUACAUUUUCCAGAUCCUAGUUUAAAGCCAUUGCCAGAUUUUUUAGAUGCUAUCACCAUUUAA